ACUUCCCCUCCUACUUCCCCUCCUACCUCCUCAACUACUUCCCCUCCUAUCUCAUCACCUACUUCCCCUCCUACUUCUUCCCCUCCUACCUCCUCAACUACUUCCCCUCCUAUCUCAUCACCUACUUCCCCUCCUACCUCCUCACCUACUUCGCCUCCUACUUCCCCUCCUACCUCCUCACCUUCGUCUCCUCCUACUUCCCCUCCUACCUCCUCACCC